UGAAGAGAAUGUUUAUUUAUUUCGGAAUGGAUGCACUUUGGACUUUUGGCCAACGAUUAAAACUGCACACUUCUGCACUGUAUAGUACACGAGUAUAAAAUAUAUCCAGUGGAACAUGCUGUUUUUGUCUACAGUGAUUUCCUGCAUUGAUUCGAGUCUAAACUUUUUCAUUUUAGAUUUCUAAAUUUAGAUCUGACUAUUUUCAGAUUUCAUUUUUAAGGAGUUUUCUUUUGGAUUCACUUCCUUCCUGUCGCUUUGAGUUUACUUCUGAAUGGAACAGCCACUGAUGCCUCUGGAAUCUGGCCAGUAUGUGGCAGAGAGGAGCCGGGACGUCUUUGUGGACGAGGAAGGUGUUAAGAAGGUGGCAGAGAUGCUCUACAUGCUGAGAAAUGACAAGGAAUUCUUGCCCAGCAACUGGAAGUUGAUGAACAAUCUUGCUCCCUCUCCGGACACGGAUGAAGCCAUUAACUGGGUGUUUGUGACAGACACUAUGAACUUUUCCUUCUGGCCUGAUAGAGAGGACCAGCAGUGUGAAGUGAACCAUAGAGGAACCACAUAUCGUGGCUACAUGUCUUUGUGUGCAGCUGUUACCAGGGCAAUGGACGAGGGUGUGCCUAUAACUGACCCUGCCUACUUCUCCCAGAUGAGUGAGGCUGACCUGGCACGUGUCCUUCGCUCAGAUAAUGACACACCCAUGCCCAUGCUGAAGGAGCGUCACCAGGCCCUUAACGAGGCAGGCCGUGUGCUCAUGCAGCAUGGUGGGUCUUUCCGGAGCUUCAUAAGCCACGGGGGGUAUGAUGCGGAGAAAAUGGUGCGGUAUAUUGUGGAUAACAUACCAUCCUACAGGGACGAGGCCAUCUUUCAGGGGAAGAAGAUUUCCUUCUAUAAGAGGGCUCAGAUCCUUGUGGCAGAUUACUGGGGGAUCCUGGAGGCCAGGGGUGAGGGGGACAUACGCAACCUGGACUACCUGACCAUGUUUGCUGACUACAGAGUGCCACAGGCCCUCGUCUACCUGGGGGCACUACGCUACUCAGAUGCUCUCAUGGAAGCACUGAAAAAGGGGGAGUUGUUGAGUUCAGGUGAGAGGAGAGAAGUGGAAAUUCGUGGCUGUUCAAUUUGCUGCGUGGAGAAAAUCAAGAAUCAUCUGUGGCAACUUGUACGGGAGAGAGAUGGGAAGAGAUGUGACAUAAACUCAGCUCUCAUCGACUUUUAUCUGUGGCAUUAUGCUAAACACCACCAUGAAGAAAUGGCCCACAUUCCAAUUCACCUCACGCGUUGUGUAUAUUAUUGAAAUACAGAAUCCAUUAUUUGUAUUUUUUAUUUUACUUUUAUUUUUAAAAAUAUCUGAUUAGUGAA